UGGUCUUUGAUCACGGUAGACGAUUGUUCGUUACGUUAUUCUGUACGUUUAACUGCAUUUGUUUGUAUUUGUUUCUUUUUUUUUUUUUUUUUAAUAUUUCGAUCGUGUGAAUGUAUUUGUUUGCGUUUAGGAAUGGGAAUAUUCAUAUGAACACCACAGAUCGCGUAGUCAUAAUUUCUCAUAAUUUUCGCGGUCUUGUUUAACGUUCUAUAUCGUUACUUGCGUGAAAGGAAUGCGCUCAAUUUCUUGAUCGUAGUUUUCAAAUUUUAUUUUGAUAUUGUUUACGUCAGAAACAUAUGUAGUUAACUUUUCCUGUGAACGUGAUGUGUUCGUAGUACGUAGUGAAUGUGCAGAAGAUAGAAAUUUAGUCGUGUAAAACGGAUGCCAGUGAACCACAAAUUGCUACUAAAUAUACACAAAACUAUUUAUAAAGUUGAUUAUGCACUUCCCAGAGCCAGAAUGCUAGAAACAGAGGAGAGAGGAUACUUUCAUUGGGCAGAUUGGCUGGUGUUCGCGCUGAUGCUCGGUGUAUCUGCCGCCGCAGGAUUAUGGCAUUACAAGGGAACACAGAAGUCGAGCACGGAAGAUUAUCUCUUAGGAGGAAAGAGUAUGGCCCUCUUUCCCGUGUCCGCUUCCCUCGUAGCCAGCUUCAUAUCUGGCGUGACAAUUCUCGGAACACCCGCAGAGAUAUACAAUUUUGGAACUCAAUAUUGGAUUACCAUUAUUUCGAUAUUCUUUUCGGGCCUGGUCGUGGCUCUUGUUUAUGCACCGGUCUUCGUUUCACUUGGAUUGAAUUCCGUUUACGAGUAUUUAGAAAUGAGAUUUAAUCGUGGCGUAAGAAUCCUCAUAUCGGCGAUCUUCGUCGUUGACGUGGUCCUUUACCAAUCGAUCGUGGUAUACGUUCCAGCGUUAGCGCUAAAUCAAGUCAGCGGCAUUGAUGUACAUUUGAUCGGGAUCAUUGUAUGCCUUGUAUGCGUGUUCUACACUGUUCUGGGUGGUAUCAGGGCAGUAGUUUGGACGGACGCGCUUCAGGUCGGAGUCAUGGUUGCUGCUGUGCUGACUGUUAGUAUACUGGGCACUUACCAUAUUGGCGCCGCUGAAAUAUGGAAGGCGUCAUUGGAUACCAACCGAAUUGAAUUCUUAAAUUUCGAUCCAUCUCCUUAUAUAAGACACACAGUAUGGACUGUGUUGAUUGGUUCGUGGCUUUAUAGCACCGCUUACAUUGCCGUGAAUCAAACUAUGGUACAACGGUAUAGAUUAUUGAAAGAUCUGAAAACAUCCAAACUGUCAUUAGCGAUAUUUACUAUCAGUAUUAUGUUAUUUAUUUCAUUGUGCUGCUGGUGCGGUCUCGUUCUCGUAGCUUGGUGGUCUCCACCUAAGUGCGAUCCUAGAGCUAUUGGUUUGAUCACUGCUGAUGAUCAAUUAUUACCUGCUUUCGUAAUGGAAAUUGCAAAUCAUUUACCUGGAAUACCAGGCCUUUUUAUUUCUGGAAUUUUUGGAGCAGCUCUUAGUACCCUUUCUGUAGGCUUUAAUUCAACGGCCGUAGUAAUUUUGGAAGAUUUCGUGAAGGGUUGGUGCGGCAUGAAACCAACCGACCGAUGUUCCACCAUUUUUGUAAAGUGUGUGAUUGUCUUGCUUGGUUCUAUAGCUCUGGGUUUACUCUUUUUGGUUGAGAAAUUAGGAGGAGUUUUAGCUAUAACCGGAAGUUUAGCAGCUAUUGCUGCAGGUACUUCUUUCGGAGUGUUCACGCUAGGUAUAUUCUUCCCGUGGACAAAUUCUAAGGGCGCGUUUAUAGGUGCUAUCGUAGGAUUCGUUAUUGCUGGUUGGGCGAGUUUAGGUGCAAAUUGGUCUAUCGGUGCCGGGUUGCUAGUCCCUAAGAAACUUCCAGUGCCCCUUUCUCAUUGCGCGGGCAAUAUCUCCGAAAGUUUCCUGAAGCAGUUUGAUCAUCCGAACGAAGACGAAGUAUUUCCUUUGUAUCGAUUAUCGUACCAUUGGUUCACCGGUUUAGGCACAUUAAUUGUCAUCGUUGUGGGUAAUCUUAUCAGUUGGUGGACCGGCCCUACAAAUCCUUCUUCUAUCGAUAAAAAACUGCUCUCACCGCUAAUUCAUUCAUUGUUGCCGAAACCUAAACACGAGAAUGUUGUUCCUACUGAAAGUAGCGCUGGUACUAGCGAUUUAGCGACAACAGCAAGUCUCUUAUUGUACGAUUUAAGAAAGAAAAGGGGAAAUCAAAAUUUUUCUAAUGGCGUCAUAACAUAGUUCAAACGUCAGAUUCCAAUAGUUUAUUAGACGUCAACAAACUGAAACUAAACUACUACCGUUGGAAACAUCGAUAGUACCGAAAACAAAAUUUUCAGACCGAGCAAACGUGAAGUUUAAUUCUCUUCCAAUAUUCAUUUAGGUUUAAACAUCAUUGUAGACAAUAAUGUUCGUUACAAGUCGUAGAUCGACUCAAUCCCACAAAGAGAAGUUUAUUUUGAGAUGCAGUUACUAGAGACAUUUAUGAAUUGUUUUAUAACUCUUAGAAUUUAUAUAUUUAGAAUAAAUUUUUCAAUUUUAUGAACCGUA